CGAUGACAGUGUGGCAGUGGGGAUGGCAAUCCGGAAGUUGACUUCUGAAAUGAAGGAGGAAGCAAAUGCUGAACAAGUCAACGAAGAUGAUGAAAGUGGUGAUGGCUUUAGUCUAUGCGACGACCACCACAGGCUCGGAAAUCAAAAAACGGAUAAGGACUCUAGAUGAACUAGGCACAUUAAAUACGAUGCCACCGGAAUUACCAAUUUAUUUGAAGAGCCCAGUCGUUAAGCUAACGGAUUGUCCCCUGCAUGUGUGGGCAGAAGGAUACCACAAAAACUCUUUGUUGAAAAUAGCAAUGAAAUGCUUAAUAGUGAUGGCAACUUCCGUGCCGCCAGAACGUGUUUUUUCCAUCGCGGGAAAUAUUGUUACCUGUAAAAGAAGUUGCUUGUUGUCGGGAGAAAAAGUGGACAAACUGCUUUUUUUUACAAACUGUUAAUAGUAAG